AUGGUACGAGUCUUGAUUUCUCUCGCCAUUCACCUUGAGCCUGUUUGCAUAUCGUGCCUGGGUGCUGCCUGUUUCUCUCGCUUUCAUAUUUAGGUUGAGAUUUAUUGGUAUGUUUCAAAAACCGAGAAACACAAUCAUUUCCAACUGAGAGGGAUCACUCAUCGAUUGCCGGUUAUCCUGCAUUCUAUCUCGACAUUUCUCUACGUAAAGAAUUUGAUAGACUCAAUAGCCAUUAGAGGUCCGUUAUUCCACUAUUGGCUUACACCAUGGCAUCCCCGGCACAAUGUUUCUACUGCUUCGAAACUCUGGCUGCUUCAUACAAGAAUGAGGAACCUCCUAGCCUUGCUGCUAUAGAGCUCUCUUACUGGAAUUAUAUGCAAUCCAAGCAAUUAGCCACUGUGGAAGACAAGGCGCUUGUCGAAGAAGAUGAAGAGGAAGAAGAACUCGAGAAUAAUAUAACUCUUCCAAAAACUAUCAAGACAACCCCCAUAGCACGUUUACGACAAGAUGCAUCAUCUGAUUCAUCAAGUACGACUACAUUAUCCGCUGCUUCAUCUCGCUCGGCUUUGUCAAACUCGACAACCUUGACUACCCCAGAUGAGCACCGAAACUCCGAACCACCUAGUUCUGCAGAUGAAUCUUAUCCGUUAUUCGUGACGUGGAAUUUAAUUUCGAGACAUGGCCACAAGUCACUUCGUGGUUGUAUCGGCACAUUUGAACCGCAGAAGCUCUCCCAUGGCUUGAAAGAGUAUGCGCUGAUCUCAGCCUUUGAUGACACGAGAUUCUCUCCAAUCCCAUCGUCUCAACUACCCCACUUGUCAUGUUCAUUGACAUUACUUAGCAAUUUCGAGAUUUGUUCGGAUCCCUUGAACUGGGAUUUAGGAACCCAUGGUAUACGGAUAUCUUUUGUUCACCGAAAUCGACGUUAUGGAGCGACAUACCUUCCCGAUGUCGCAGUGGAACAAGGAUGGACAAAGGAGGAGACAGUAGAGAGUCUUAUGCGCAAAGCAGGCUGGGAUGGUGGUAGUGGAAGUGGUGGUAGCGUGGCGAGGAGGAUUCUUCGGGGAAGCAAUACCACUGAUAACAACAGCAAGCCUUGGGAGGAAGUCUCUGAUUUCAGGACUACGCGUUAUCAGGGGUUGAUGGCAUCUGCCGAUUACAGUGAAUGGCAAGAAUGGAGGAAAUGGGUUCAUGCUGAUAAGCCCAGGCUAGAGUUGCUGGAGCGUACAUGAACGACUAGCAUUAGAUUUUCCACGAUUUAUGACAGAUUUUGCUUUUACU